UUCAACAUGCAUCUCCCUGUAUCCGCCGUGCUACUUGCGGUUGCUGGUCCCGCAACAUGCCAGCUCAACAAACUGGCCAAAGAAGCCGGGUUAGAGUACUUUGGAACGGCCAUUGACAACCCGUCGCUUAACAAUCAGAACUACAUGAGAAUAGCGCGGGAUUCAGAUGAGUUCGGGUCUAUCACGCCAGCAAACGGCCAGAAAUGGAGCAAUACUCAGGCCAGCCAAGGCCGGUUCUCGUACGGCAGCGGAGACGCCAUUGCGAAUAUCGCUAAAGAGACAGGGCAGCUUCUCCGGUGCCACACCCUAGUUUGGCACAACCAGCUUCCAAGCUGGGUCAGCAGUGCCUACAGCCGAGACCAGAUGGAACGCAUCCUCACAGCCCACAUCCAGAACGUGGUGGGCCACUACAAGGGCCAAUGCUACAGCUGGGACGUGGUCAACGAAGCGAUGAAUGACGACGGCAGUUUCCGUCAGAGCCCCAUGUACCGCGCCAUGGGCGAAGACUUCAUCACACACUCCUUCCUCACCGCCGCCAGCGCCGACCCCUCGGCCCGGCUCUACUACAACGACUUCAACAUAGAGCGCUGCUGCAACGCCAAGAUCAACGCGACCUGGGACAUGCUUUUGUCGGUCCUCAACGCCGGCGCCCCCGUCCACGGCGUCGGCAUGCAGGGCCACUCGCGCGUCGGCAAGUCCCCCUCGAAGCGCGAGAUGAAGGAGACGAUGGCAAGGUUCUUGCAGUUGGUGAAUGAGGUCGCGUUUACGGAGGUUGAUAUUAGGCAUACGAGCUUGCCGGUCGGGGAGGCGGAGAGGGAGCAGCAGGCGCGGGAUUAUGUGGAGGUGGUGGGGGCGUGUUUGGAGACGCCUGGGUGUGUGGGGGUGACGGUGUGGGACUUUACGGAUCAGUACUCGUGGAUUCCGGGCCAGUAUCCUGGUGAAGGUGAGGCGUGUCUCUUUGACAGGAAUCUUAACAGGAAGCCGGCGUAUAGCAGCGUUGCUAGCCUGCUGCAGAGCGCCGCGUCGGCUGGUCUCAGGGGUUCCGCAACGGCCGCUCCUGCGGUGGUGACCGGAACCCCUACGAUGCCUGAGUGA